AUGCUUGUCACACAUGAGACCAUGACAAACGAAGAAUCGACGCAAGUAAUAUAUGAAUUGGAGAAUUAUUACACGGGCUUACGUGAAGGAAUUCUCGACUGUGGGCCACCCGCACAAAUUGAUACGGCUUUUCAUUGGCAUAUUCUCAAUACGCGUGCUUACGCAGCUUUUUGUAAAAAUACUUUCAACAAAUUCAUUCAUCAUACUCCACACUGGAUCGAUAGUCCUCCAACGAACGAUGAACAAGUGCACUGUAAUGAUGCAGUUUCGUUGUUAAAGGAGCAUGGAAUAGAUGUGCAUCGAAAAGAUCUAUGGGAAACAUCUCCUAGAUGUGGAGGUCAGAAAGGAUUUCGAAUCAUAAGUUGCAUUGUAGCAAAUCAACGAACACGUCCAAGAUUUGAUUUUGAUGACGAUGAUUUUUAA